AUGAGCUUUCGCGAUAUUCUGGAAGCCGCAAGUCGCCAGCAGCAGCGACGCGAACUCGAGUUCGAGUCGCAGCAGCGCGCAAAGGAGCUCCAGGUCCAAGCAGACAUUGAGGCCCGUGCCAGGGAUGAGGCUCAGCGCGCAGCUGCAAUGGUCCAGGCGCGCAUCGCAGCAGAGACGCGCGCUGCGAAACAAGCUGCUGAGCGACAAGUCGCUCAUCAAGAACAAGCUCACGCGCAGGCUCAGGCUCAAGCGCAGGCCGAAUCGCGACCCCAGCGUCGGAAUCUGCAGGAAGCAGGCUCCAGUAGCGGAAGCGGUGGCGAUCGCAAGCGGGCACGGCUCGAGAGUGAGAGUCAGUCCCAAACGAAGACGAAAACGGCUGGCGGUUUGGCUCCAGCUGUCGCUGCACCAAAGCAGCAGGCAGCCAAGCCGCUGUCAUUUGCCGAAAUGAUGGCCCAGGUAGCACAGCUCCACACCAAUCCACCGCCAAGCGCUGCACAGCAGCCAGUCAAGCCCAAAGAGCCAUCCAGAUCAUCGCCGUCGUCAUCAUCGUCGUCCUUCAAGCGACCGAAUAGCAUGGCCAAGCCUGCUGCUGCUGCUGCUGCUGCUCGAUCUGCAAUCCCACCAAGGUCCAACAAGCAACAGUUGGCCGCCAAAUCCUCGGCGUCAAGUCACGACCGCCAGACACCCCCCGCAGCCCCAAAAGUCAACGCUUCAAGUGCCCGACCAGCUCCCACAAAUGGAAAACCACCAUCAAACUCGACAGCAACUCGUGGCGCAUCACAGCCGUCACAUCCAGCAAAGGGGGCGCCAUCGGGUGGCAAACUGGCCUCCGCUGCAACACUUGCGCCAAAGCAGGUUGCGUCGACAAAGCCAAUGCUGCCGCCACAACGGCCAUUAUCGGCAGUGACGAAGCCUCCACACAAAUCCGGCACUUCAAUUGCGGACGCCAGCAGAUCGUCCGGAUUGAAGCCGCGUCUCGCGUCUGCAAGCGCCCCGAAGCAACGCCCAACACUCAAACGCUCAAACUCUCUGGACGACUUUAUUGAUGACGACACAAGUCACAUGUCACCUGCCAUGGCUGCACUCUACCGCGAACGCUACGGCGGCUACGCAGACGAUGACGAUGACAUUGAUGACUAUUCCUCGUCGGACGACGAUAUGGAGGCAACUGUCGAGGAAAUGGCACGCGAAGAAGCCAUCAGUGACCGGAUUGCACGCGAGGAGGACCGCCGAGAACUUGAACUCGAACGUGCAGAGGCGGCCUUGAAAGCAGCCAAAAAACGUGGAGCUGCUUCGAACCGAUAG